CGUCAGCUCGCGCACGCCGGCGAUCCGAUCACCCCGCUCGCGUCGUCUACGCACGCGCGACUCGCGAUCGCGCGCGAAGAACCGCGUCGACGCGCACGAACGCGCUCGCUCCGCGCGUCUCAGAUCCAUCCGAUCGCGGCGCGCGCGGAUCUCGCUCGUCGCGAGUAAUAAGUCGUCGUCGCUUUAGGGAAAGCGAAGCGCGCGAAGAAGACGCGCGAUCGGUCGGCGACGCGAAUACUACGUGAAAGAUGGCGGACUCGCGGUCCAACUACUCGCUGACGACGUUCAACAGCAGCGGCGAGCUCGUGCAGAUCAAGCACGCGCUCGCGGCGGUGGGCGCCGGCGCGACGUCGCUGGGCAUCCGCGCGACGAACGGCGUCGUCCUCGCCACGGAGAAGAAGCUCCCGACCACGCUCGUGGACGAGACCACGGUGGAGAAGAUCGCGCAGCUCACGGACGAGAUCGGGAUCACGUACUCGGGCAUGGGACCGGACUUUCGCGUGUUGACGCGCAAGACGCGCAAGGAGACGCAGGUGUACUACAGAACCUACAAGGAGCUCGUGCCGUGCUCGCAGCUCGUGCGAGAGACGGCGACGGUGAUGCAAGAGUUUACGCAACGCGGCGGCGUGCGGCCGUUCGGGGUGUCCCUGCUCAUGGCCGGGUUCGAUAGCAACGGGCCGCAGCUGUAUCAGGUCGAUCCGUCGGGUUCGUAUUUCGCGUGGAAAGCGAGCGCGAUCGGGAAGAACAUGACGAACGCGAAGACGUUUUUAGAGAAGCGGUACAGCGAGGACAUGGAGCUCGAAGACGCCAUUCACACCGCGAUCUUGACGCUGAAGGAAGGGUUCGACGGGCAGAUCAGCGCGGAGAACAUCGAGAUCGGCGUUGUCGCGGAGGAUCGGAAGUUUAGGGUCUUGACCACCGCGGAGGUUGCGGAUUACCUCAGCGAGGUCGAGUGAUGACGUGUCGACCUCGAGGGCGGAGCGCGGCGCGCCGCGUCGAAUUGUUUUGAUGAGGGUGGAAUAAAAAUAACCUACCACGUUGCAGGU